AUGUUGAGUCUAAAUAGAGAUAACGCCUCUUUUUGCGUCAUCCUAAUCGACAACCUGUUAGAAAAACUCGUGUCGCUGGAGUCACACGGCCCUGAGAAAUUGCGCAUGGCACGCAUCCACGACGUUCUACCGGCGAGUAAGCAUUCCGCUGCAUUAUCUGAAAGUUCAAGUCACAACUGUGAAGCGACGAGCCAAAGCCGACCAAAAUGCCGGGACCAGGAUGUGAUAAAUGCAAGGACAAAUGCCAGGAUUGUAAGUGCGGUGACAACUGCUCGUGCUGCGAUUCCGGAUGCAAAGAUCAAUGUGGCUGCAAGACACAGGGUGGAAAAUGUACGUGCAAGCCUUGCACCUGUUAAUUAAUAAUCAUGUCAAGGACAGUCCAUGUUGAAGGUGAUAAUAGAUCCGUAAUGCGCUUAAAUAAAUCCAACAUGUGCGUAAUAUUCCAAAUACAUUACUAUCAAUGUAAAAUUAUUACAUUACUAUCAAUGUAAAAUUUUAUGCUUAGUGAAAAUUAGAGAUGCGAACCUUCGUUUUCUUGUUAGAUAAACAAUCAAUGAAUUAAUAAAAUUCACUUUAAGUA